AUGGAAGAUUUAAAAACUCAAUUAGAUGAAAAAACCACUGCAUUAAAAAACCUGCAACAAUAUCAUGAUAAGAUGCAAGAAGAUGCUAAAGAGGAAACUGAAGCCCUAAUUUCUCAAGUUAAAAGUUUACAAGAUCAACUACUUGAGGUGAAUGAUCUUAUGGAAGUAAAAAGUCUAGAAACGCUGAAUAGAGAUCAAAAUGAAACGGAUAAACUAGAUGCAAUGAUCAAGCGUAAUAAGAAUUUGGAACAAACAAUUUCAAACCUUUGGGAAAAGUUAGAACAGAAGAACAAUGAAUUAAAAUCUUUUGUUAAUAAUAGUGGUAAUUAUAUAUCUCCGUUAUCCAACGCGGAAAACACAUUAAAUCCUACGCAACAAAGCUUAUUAGAUUUACCAAGUGCUCAAAUAUCAUUUCAAGCUCUAUUAUCCAAGUUAAUGCUUCCAUCUGAUUUACAAACUGAUCUAUAUAAUUCAUUUCAUCAGUACUAUAACUCGGUCAGUUGUCUUCACAAUUUAUUUGAACUAGAUGACAACGCCAUAUUAAAAUCGGAUGGAAAAGACGAAAGUAAAAUUGCAACCAAUGAAAGUAAUACUGAUUUAGUUGAAAAGUUAAAAUAUCGCCUUCAAGGAAUCGCAAGCUCGAUACAAUCUAUUGCUCAGUAUAUUUAUAAAUUAAGUCAAGCGUUAGGUGUGGAUGGAAUUAAAAAUAAUCGUAAUUUGGAUACAGCUAACAGUAAAGAUCAUGAUUUAGAAGAAAUCAAAUCUCAGCUACAUCAAAAUUAUAAUGAAAUUAUCCAGUGGAUUUCAAUACAGAAUUCGUUAGCUGUUGAAAAAAUUCAAAAAUCAAAAGACCAACGUAUACAACAACUAGAAGAAGCUAUUAAUAAUCAAGAUAAUCAAUUAAUUCAAUUAAAUCAAAUGAAAGAUAAAUUUGAAAACGAAUUGCUAACUCAAGAUCGACAAAGUACCAAUCAUAUUGAUAAACUAACUCAAAAAUUAACCGAUUUUAAGGAUGAAAAUUCUCAUUUAAAUCGUAAAUGCCUAGAACUUGAAAGUUUAUUAAAAAAGGCUACUGAUGACUUUCACCAGAAAAAUAAAUCGUAUGUACAACAGUGUCAAGGUAUCCAAUUUAAAAUUGAGGAUAUGAUCGUUACCAAUCGACAAGAACUUGAUCUACUACAGAAAGAAUACGAAUUAAAUAAUUCAAUAGAUGGCGUAACAGCAGAUAGUGGUAACAAUUCUAUUCAAUUGCUUGACACCGAAGAAAUUAAGAUUCAGCGUAAAGAGUCGUUGAAAGAGUUAGAAAUGAAAUGGGAAGAAUUACUUCAUAGUGCUAAGAUGGAAAUUGUAUCACUUAAAGAACAACAUAAUCAUGAAAUACAACUUCUUGAUGAAAAAUAUCGUGCAGAUGUUGAUAAAUUACAAAAGAAAUUAGAAGAUAAGCCAUUCAAUGAAGCUGAAAAUAAGAAUCAAGAAGAAGAACUAAUAUCAUCUAAUUAUGGUAAUGUUGUACUGCGAAAAAAGAAUCGGAAGCAAAAUAAUAUGCGUCCUUGGAAUACUAAUAUCAAGUCCGAUCAAGCCAUUAAGUCGGCACUACUGAACGGCGAUCAAUCACAGCCGUCAUCGUCAAUAGUUACAGACAAAUUGAAUAUAAAUACUAACCGUAUUGAAAAUUUAAAAGUGCAAUUUCAUCAAGAGAUCACUAAUUUGCUCACUCAAAUUGAUCGCUUAAUUGUUAGUGAAAAUGCAGAUAAUCAACAAUUGCAAGCAUGGGCAACUGCAAUUCAACAACUUCAUACGGUUUAUCAAGCUGAAGUGGAUCUUUUAUUUCAAGAAUAUAAAAUUUUACAGCAGUCAUUAUCGAUUGACAAACAACAAAUAAUUGAUAACUUAACUAAGCAACAUCAUGAAAAUAUACAAAAAUUGAAGGAAACACUUGCUGCUGAAGCAGCAGAAAAUGAUUCAGUUAAGAGAAAAGAACUUGAAGAUCAUUUUAAUGAAAAUUUGAUUAAUGUAACUGAAACUAUAGAAAAGCAAUGUCAACAACAUUACAAGGAAGAAUUAUCUAUCAUACAGAAACAAAUGAAUAAAGAAAUAGAUGACAUGAAAAAGAGACAUCAUCAAGAAUGGCUUGAUUCACAAGAUAAGGAAAUCAAUUUUUCAUUAGCACUAGAAAAUUUAUCUGUGGAUCAGCAAAAUUAUCAUCAAAUAUUACUUAAGAAAGAGGAUGAAAUAUCGUCUAGAUUGGAGCAAUUUUGCGUUACCGAAUUGGAAUUGUUGAGAAAUAAGUUAAGUACACUUGAUGAUAAAACAUCAAUUAUCGAUCAGUUGCAAGACAGCUUGCUUCACUAUAAACGUACCAUGUUACAAUUCAUGUUUGAAGAAAUACAGAAAUAUUACCAAAGUCAUCAAGAUGUAAUAAACACAUAUCAUCACAAAGUGGAAGCAAAAAUGAUGAAUCUAUACCAACAAGGUCUGGAUAGUGUACGUCAACAACAUGAAGAUAAUAUGAAAAAGAUAAAAGAGGAAACUACAGCAACUUUAACAUCACAUCAUGAAGUAGCUAUGGCCCAGUUGAAAGAUAAUUACCAAAAGGAACUAUUAAGUAAGAUGGAAUCGGCAAGGAUCUCUUUAACGGCAAAAUUAAAUGAACAACAUGAAGAAGAAUUAAAUAAUUUACGUAAUCAUUUGCAAGAUACUUAUGAAAAUAGCAUUAGGGUAGCAUUGGAUGAAUUAAAACGAAAAGAAAAACUAUCUCAGGAAAAAUUUGAUGAAAGAGUUGAAAAAACCGUCGAUGAACUACUUGAACAACGAUUGAUGCAAUAUAAUAAUGAAAUAAAAAAAUUGCAUGAUCAAACCAUUGAUUUGGAGAGAAAGUUAGCCGAGCAACAAAAUAUCAAUGCUUUCGCAAAUGUUGAGAACGGCUCUCAGAAUGUUGAAAUUAUUACUAACGAUACAAUAGAUAAUGCAAAUGAUCAUACUAAAGAAAAAUCAAGAGAUGUUCAAAUGCAAGAAAGUAAAUUAACUGAUGGAAAUGCAGAGGAUAUAAAACCUAUAACAGAUUUUCCCCGUGACUAUCAAUCUAUCGUCAGCUCAAUUGAAUAUUUACUGAACAUUUCGAGAUAUCAUGCGUCUAUGGAUAGCAAUAAAGAUAGCGAUAAUAAUAAUACAUUAUCAUUGUUAUUAACAGAAAUGGUAUUUGAAUAUCUCAAGAAGUUGGUACGUGGCCAAAAGACUGGAAAGCAAGAGCUUUCAGAGUCGGAAGUGGAAAAAAUUUGUGCUUUAAUAGAAGAAUUAGAAAAGAAAUGGACAAAGAUUACACGUGAUGAUUGGAUAUCAGUGAUUAAUAGUAGCGCUUUAAUAUCGUCUCAGAAAGAUGAUUUUAACCUUUAUGAUGCUUUACCAUACACUUUAACAACACUUAAAAAUCUCAUAUCAAGCAAUACGAAUGAUACAGAUGAAAUAUCAGUACAGGGAAAUGAUUCUUCGAAGUUACGUUCACCUCAUUAUUUGGUGGUAAUUCUCGAAACUGUAUCUCAGCUUCUAUUAGUAAACGCUUUGGAAUUAGCACUUAAUUGCAAAUCACUAAGUAACAGUAAAAGUAACAGCAAUUAUAAUGGAGGGCUUGUUACGGUUUCUACUACAGAAGGUAGACAGUCCUUUCCUCCGUUAUAUAAAGAUUUUAUGUUGCAAUUAAUAUCGCAAUUGGAAUCAAUGAAAAAAGACUUAAAACAGGUUCUUGAGUAUUUUAGUACGAUGAAUCAUGGUACUACUGAAGUUACUGCCUCAACGAUGAGGCAAUAUUUGCAGCCAAUGUUGAAGAAAAUCAUGCAAUUUAUUGGAGAUCCGACUGUAGUGGAAGAGACGUCUCGUCCUAGACUUGCUGAUGAGCAUAUGAAAGCGCCAACUAUUGCAGAUAAUGGUAAGAAUAAUAAUGGCAGCGUAGAAGAAAUCAAUCUGAAAAUAGAUCGAAAAGUUAUAACCUCCAAAAAUUUGACAAGGGAUCAUUUUAAUUACCUUGAAGCUAUGAUUGUUCAAAACUAUCAAUUUGAUCGAAUACUCGAUUUAGAAAUUGAUAGAAAGUCGGUUGUUUACAGUCAAAUUCAACUAGUAGUUGACAAGGAGUGUUUGGCUUUCGAAAAGCGCUGUAAGGCUCGGUUACAACAACAACUUGAUUCAACCUUCACUAGUAAUGAAAUUAAUAUUUUAAUGGAGCAAUGUAAUAAAGCUAUAAAGGAAAUACAAAGAUACAGAAAUCAAUUGACGACUGAGUCAAAUUCUAAAAGUGUUAAUGAUUUGAACGUUGCUAAAGAAAAAUUUUAUUCCGAUUUAGUAUCGCAAAAACAAUUUGCAACGUGGCAACGCCACCGUAUUGAUGAUGAAAUAAUCUGUUCAUUAAUCAUUAAAGAAUUGUUUAUAAUGCAAUUAGAUCAACUUGGUAAACAACAGGAAUGCUUGCUUCAUAAAUUAGAGAAAGAUGAAACAUUUACUAUGCAGCAGAAAUCGAUUAUUAAUCAAUUGGAUGUGUUGGAUAGCGAUUUGCAACAAGAGAACCGGUUAUUACGAGAUUGGUUAGUUGAAGGUGAUACAUAUGGAUAUAAUAACUAUACAACUAAGUCAGAUCAGUUGGACUAUAAUUCUUAUCCGUCAAAUAGUAGUGAUCAUUCUACUAUAUCUUCAUAUGUAUUGAUCAAUAAUAUGAGCAAAAAAGGAACGGAAUUGAGUUCAUAUUCUACCGGGCAAAAUAGCGAGCAGGAGAGUAAGGCAUAUUCUCGAAAUGUUAGUGCAAGUACACCGAUAGAAUCUUCGUUUAAGAGGGUUAGCUUUACAUCCCCGGCUCGUUCAAACAAUAAUGUUUCGUCCUGUAAGAGAAGUCCAUCAAACGAAGGUAGCCUUAACUUGGGUAGUAAACUAACUGACAGCAGCCUAGCGAGCUCGUCGUUUGGCUAUCAUGUCAAUGACGCUAAUACUUUCUAUAGCUCGAAAAGCAGUAGAGAUAAAUACAGCUAUCACUCGAUAUCCAAUAUUGCGUCUCCGACUUCAAAUGAAUUAAACACUCUUACAAGCUAUAAUUCUCGAAAUCAAUCAAAUCAUAGUCGUUCUAGUCUAUAUCGUCAACAGAGACUAACUCACAAUUCAAAAUAUUGGGAAGAAAUACAAAACCUUCGUCAAGAUCUCGCUCUUCAUCAGCAUUUGCGGUCACAGCAGGAUAUAUUUAAUCUCAAGUAA